CCCGCCCCGCCUCCUCCUCCCGCCCCUCCCCGGCCAUGAUGGCGGCUGCCGGCGGCGGCCCCGUGCGGCUGCGGCUGCAGUUCGACCACCCUCCGCCGGCCAGCCCGGGCUGCGCGCUGUGCUGGCUCCUGCUGGAGCCGGGCCAGGCGCGCCUCGUCACCGACCUGCUCAGCCUCAUCCGGCACCGCUUCGGCUUCAGCCGCCGCGCCCGCCUCAGCCUCUUCCUGCAGGGGGCGCUGCUGCCGCCCGCCGAGAGCGCGCGCCUGGUGCGCGACAACGACUCGCUGCGAGUAAAAUUGGACGACAUAGUUGCAGAUGAUUAUGAAGAGACAGAUGGUGGCUUUACUUACACAGCAAAAGAAGACAAAAAAAGGCACAGACACAAGCAGGACAAGGAAGAAUUCUCUAGGAAUGAAGACAGGCAUAAAAGAAAAAAGAAAAAGGACAAGCAUAAUCUCGAAUAUUCCUCUUGCAGGGAAGAGAGCUCUGUAGAUAUUUGGGACUCUCAAAAAAGGUACACGAAAAGAAAAAGGAAGGAAGAAGUUAGUGGAAGAAAUAGACUUGCAGAAGAUAAGGAAGAGAGCUCUACUGCCCAUUCUAAAAAGCUUAAAAAAGCUGAGAGGGAGAAACAGUUGGCAACAAAAAAGAAGGAUGAAAAGCAGACAAAGGCUGCUGCAGCAAAGAUGGCUUUAGAACGGGAAAAUGAGAACUUUUCUCUAAAUUCUGGUAAAAAUAGCACCAAAAAGAUCACAACACAGUCCAGAAAAAAGAAGGUGGAAACUUCAGAUUCCUCCAGCACAUCGUCUGACAGUGACAGCAGUGAACUAAACAUAAAGCAAAACAAAUCUUCCCAUAAACCCGUAGCGGUGACACUUCCCAAAGACAAAUCCCAAGCUGCUGCAAAUUCUGAUGCAAAAACGAAUAAAGUGACUGUAAAGUCUAACAGUGAAAAGACUAAGACUGCAGUUAGUAAAAAUGCUAAAAAACCCCAGUCCUCUAGUUCAGAUUCUGACUCGAGCACCGAGGAUGAGAAGGCGACACCAGCACAAGACAGCACUGCCAAGGAAAAGUCUCUGCCCACCAACACGGGGGCUGUAAAAGCCAGUACCAAGGCUCCCAAAGCAAAGAGCUCCUCCUCAGAGUCUGACAGUUCAGAUUCAGACACACCUGUUACUAAAAAACCCGCAGCAGAUGCUGGACUGAGUAAUUCCAUAGGAAGAAACUGUAUUAAACAGUUGCCAACCAAUAUUCAGGGACCAUUUGCCAGCCCAGGCCGUGGAAGGGGGCGUGGAUCGGGAGAGGAUUGUUUCUGGAGAGGACCCAGGGGCCGUGGGUUUCGUGGGAUGAUGAGGGGCCAAGGCCAUGGGAGAGGAGCAAACCCUGGCUUCUUCUAUAACUACAGCAGUGAAGGCCAGAAACAGAGGCAGUUAAAUGAAUCUGCGACAAACACUUCUGUUGUUGUCCAGAAUCCCGUGGAAGUUCCCAAGAGAGACUAUAGUGUGUUACCUCUUCUAGCUGCUCCACCCCAAGUGGGAGAAAAGAUUGCCUUUAAGCGCUUGGAACUAACUGAAAAUUACAGUCCUGAAGUUUCAGACUAUAAGGAGGCAAAAAUAAUCAGUUGGAAUGCUGAUAAAAAACAGAUCGAGCUCGAGAUCCUUUCAGCACCAGCAGGACAAAUUGCUAAGGAGCCGGGGAAAUUCGAUCUGGUUUACCAGUCUGCAGAUGGAGCAGAGCUGAUUGAGUAUGCUGUCCCUCAGGACACCAAGAUAACUGAAAGCUGGGACGCCCUGAUAGAGCCAAGACUGAUUGUUGAGCCUCCAGUCAAUGGAUCCAGCGUUGAAAAUGGAACCAUCUAAAGUGUGAAAAAAAGUACAUAACUGUACAGACUUGUUUUGUGAAAUGCUGCCUUCUGGUUCUGAGGGUGGCAGGUGCACUGGUGGAUGUUGUUAAUAAAUUGUUUUAAAAACAAGUAUGCCAAAAGAAAAACACUUUUUUUUCCUUAGGGUGUGUUUUUACACUGUACAGGAAGACUUUGUUUAGUCUAACACAGGUCUGUUGGGGUUUUUUCUUAAUAUUUAUAUCCUACUGCUGUGAGCUGCAGAACUGGAAUGGUUUGAUCAAAAGAUAAAAUACAACCUUGUACUGUCAGUAACUUAUUGAAAUGUCUGGGUUUGGCUAAAACCAUAUAACUGUCCUACAGAGGUCGUUUUUAUUUAAAAAUUAAAUACUGUUGAUAUGCACACCUCCUCCUCUGCUGCUGCUGAGCAUCAUACAAAUGCCAUGAGUUUGCAGUUACUUACAGAGUUCAUCUGAACAUGUCCCAGAAAUCCAUGUGGAUUUCAAGCUUCUGUAAUUUUGAGGCAUAUAAAUAGUAGUGGUAACUCAACCUUGCUUAGAACCAGCGGAAAAUAACACAAAUCCCCAGCAAAAUUGUGCCCCAUUGUGUUAAUCUGUGUAGGCUCUGAAAACCCUUUUGUUUGUUUGUUUUACAUCAAACCCUUUUGCUCUGUAAGAGCUGUGCUACCUUUCUUCUUUCCUUCCCAGCAGCACAGUGGGUCACUGGGUGCUGGCAACGUGCUGCCCUGACAGCUCUGAUAAUUAUUAACACUGAGGGGACAACUUGUACCUCUGUACACCUGGCAAGUCUUACACUUCCAGAUAAUCCCUGUCCUGGGUAGUCGACUCUUACAGAGAAGACAUGGAAAAAACCCAAAAACUCUAGAUACAAACAAACACCUGAAAAACUGUACAUGGUGGUUUGCUAAUAUGUGCUCUGACCAGUGCAUGAUUACAUUAAAAUACUGCACAUCUUUCCAUUA